GGCAAUGUUGUUAUUUAUACUAAUUGUUGACACUGCACCCAAGCAUUCGGUGCUGUAAUGACGUAAGAGAUGUCGAGCCGGUAAUUGUGUGUGGUUGUUUUGUGUAUGUCGCUUGUUUGAAUACGCCAAUGUCUGUGAUAAUAAAAAUCGCCGAAAGAUGCUGCUCGAAAUUUGCGACAACAUAAAGACUGCUGUGGAACAUGGAAGAACAGACAUAAUUAAAUCACUUUUGGAAGCAUGUGAUGAUGACCCUGACGAAAAUGUGACAAAAGAUCGUAUCUUGAAUCAACCUUUGUUGGAAGAAGGGACGUUUCUGUGCCUAGCUACGAAGUUGCAUCGAGGUGAUGUUGUACGGACGCUGUUAUCGUGUGGAGCUGAUCCGGGUGUCCAGAACAGCCAGGGAAUGAAUGCUGUGGAUGCAGCAGUUGGCUCUCCUACUAUGAGGCACAUCUACGUAGAAGAACUUCUUCGAGCUACAGCAAAUUCUGAGGUGGGCCGCGUGUGCCAGCUGGUGGCCGCAGGAAUCGAUGUCAAUGCACGGGACAGUGAGGGCAGCGGGAAUGUGCCGCUGCACUGGGCCGCGUGCUACGGCGACCGCGACGUCGUCGCCUGUCUGCUCGACAGAGGUGCUGACGUAAAUGCCAUGAAUUCAUUUGGUGCUACUCCUCUUCACGAUGCAAUGUUCAGAGGAGAUGAAGAUAUUGUGGAGAUGCUUUUACAAGCUGGUGCAAAUCCUCUCAUACAGGCCAUUAAAGGGAAAUUUGCGGGCAAAACUGCUUUGGACAUGGCCUCGCAGAAGCGUGUGUUAAAAGAGUUGGUUGAUAGAUAUAUUCCACUUUCUUCAUCACCUGUGGAAUCCCCAUUGCCUGCAUCUGCUGGUGUCAAUGGUUUCAGCCAGCCGGCAGAGUCCGAGACGGAAGCCGACUCAUCCGGGCAGGAGCGCAGCAAGUCUGCGGAUUCCUCAGGCAGUGGGGGCGGAGCGACAGUCGGCACCAGCAACACGGAGCCCGCGCGGGUGCCUGCACCCACUAAAGUGGCAGCCGUGCACCGUCGCGGGAGCCGGCCACCGCGACCUGCCCGCCAGUCCCACGACUACUUCCCCCCGCACCCUCUUCCUCUCCCCCAUCCCCACCCGUCCUUGUCUUCUGCAGCCUCUACUCUGAGUCUUGAUCUCGAUCCACAUAUCGACCAGCAGGCCAUCGAGAGCCUGUUGCGGACGCACGUUGGGACAGUGCCGAUCCGGCCACUGGUGACGCACCCGGCACUGCACCUGCUGUGGCCACAGCCGGCCAGCACCCUCGAGCUGGAUGGCCCACCCUUCGUGCCUUCCAAGGACCUCGGCAUCUCUGUCAUACAGGGACCUGUAUCAGUGCAUAGGAUACUGGAUGUAUGGGAAGUGAGCCGGCCGUGCUUCCUGGCAAUGGGCUACGACGCACGGAUCGGUGACGUGCAGCCGAGCUGUGGUAGCUGGACUGGCCACCGUGUCGAGUGUCUCGUCAACCCGGAGCUUUUCAGCUCUGCGGACAGCUACCAGAUACAUGUCAGCUCUGAGAAGGUGCAGGUGUGGGCAGGCGGGCUGGCGGGCCUGCACUACGCUCUGGGCACGUUCGUGCAGCUGCUGCGGCUCGCGGGUCCCGAGGGGCAGCUGCCGCCAGUGUUGGUGCGUGACCGCCCCGCUGUGGCACACCGCGGCGUGCUGCUGGACGUCUCGCCGCAGGGUCGUGUGCCCGCACUCAACUCGCUGUUCCUCAUGGUUAACCUGUGGUCUUCCAUGAAAGUGAACUACCUACACUUAUACACCCGGCUGGUCCCCAGCAGUGAGUGGCAGCUCUGCUACAGCAGGAGCAACAUGGUGUCACUGGACCGAUACUGCCAGGACCGCUUCAUCACGGUGGUGCCGGUGCUGGACGUGGACAACAGUGCCGUCUACGACGACCUGGCCGACAUGUGGCCCAGCUUCCAGGAGAUACUCGCCAGCUUCCCCAACCUCAGGUACGUCCACGUCGGGCCGAAGCUGUGCAGCCUGCUGCUGCCGCCAGCCAAUGAGGGGGCGUGCGGGGGCGGCCGGGAGGGGGCGGCACGUCAGCUGUGGCACCUGCUGUCACUACCGCCCUCUGUCACCCUCAUGCUGUGUGCCAACUCACUGCAGCCAGCCGCACCAGCACUGCCUUCCAAUGUGGUACUCGUGCAGUAUGGCUUCCAGGCCGAUUACAACUUCGUGGAUGCCGCACAGGAUUACUACGCCAGAGGUGUAACUAUGUGCCUGUGUCCGGGAACAGCUAGUUGGAACAGUCUGGCGGGUUGUCCGGAGGCGGCAGUGUGCAACACGUACCGGGCAGCACGCGCCGCCGUGUCGACUGGCUCCCUGGGCGUCGUGGUAGCACACUGGUCCGGUUCGCACCACCUGACACCCCACACCUUCGGCUGGCCCGGCUUCCUCGCCGGUUGCGGACUCGCCUGGAAUCCGGAUACGCAUUGGGACUACCUGCACAACUCGCUGCCCGACCUGCUGGACGCUCACGUCUUCCUCGACUCGGCGGGCGUAAUGGGUGCCGCCGUCGUCGGCCUGGGCCGCGCGGAGACGUACUUGACGUACGCGGGGCGCGAGCUCGGGGGCGGUGCCGAACUGGCAGACCUACCUCCACAGGGGGGGUCGACGCUGUACCGCCUGCUCACGGACCCCGACAACGUUGCCCUGGACUGCCUCUCUGUUGACCUCUUUGCUCGCGUGACAAAGUACGUCAAGAAGUGCCAAAAUAUGUUUUUCCGUGCAAAACUGGAGUGCGAGUGUGCCGAGGUGAUCCUGCGGGAGGUGCAGCUCUCGGCCGACCUCCUGCUGACGGCUUGCAGAAUUGGAAGGACCCUCGUCACUGUAGGAAUGAACCCUAAUAGCAACAUGGGCCUGGCAGUCAUCAACCUAGGAAUAUGCAACCUGCCUCCGACAUUCCGCACGGACAUUGCUAACAAGCUGCUGGCACACAUCGAGCAAUACAAAGGGACGUGGCUGCAGAACCACCUGCCGGCCGGCCUGCAGGGCUCGCUGCUCGUCCUCACGUCAGCCCUGCACCGCUUCGUGCCUGACGAGACUCAGCCGUCGUAGCGGUGUGGAAUCGGGGUUUGGGUCCGACGUGACGGGCAAUGUACGAACUCCCACCGCAAUUCCUCGGAUCGACAGUGUAAUCAUUAGAACAUGGUAGUUCGAGCAGCAUCCGCCUUCCGGUCAUAGUACCAAGUACACUCGAAGGUGUCUCGACGGGUGGAAGAGUUUACUUCUGCUAUGUUGCCAUUAGGUCCAGUGUUAGUCUUUACAUUUAUUGUUUUGUACAUUGAUUUAAAUGUUUGUUCUGCAAGCAAUAUUCUGUUAAGUUUUACUACAAAGAUAUUUGUUAGCUUUAAACUAUUUUUUAAGUUCUCUCCGCACUUAGAAUUGACAUAAGUUAUUUUUUUGUGGUUACUUAAAAUAUUAUAUUUUGAGCUGCAUUAUUUUUUUGUCCAGGCUUAUUGUUAAAUACAGAAGAACAGGUUAGGGAAUAGUGCUGUAGCAAACUUUUAGGUUGCAGUUCUCUAGGAAUUUAUUUUGUAGUUGUGGAAUAGAUUUAGAAUUUUACUUGUGUUAAAAUUUUAGUGAAUGAAGAUUGGUUGUUACUAUUGUUAUAAAAUUAAUUUUUUAAGUAUUAGAUAUCUGGCACCUGUGAUUUUUAUGCAUAUACUUUGCACUGAAACAUUCUCUGUUAUGAAGAAUAUUAUUCAGAAUAUUUAAAAAUUAUUAGAGUAUUUUGUUGUGACAUGAGGAAAGAAUGUAUUUGAAAUGGGAAUCCAAUUUCUGAGCCAAACUGAAUCGAAAACAUAAAUUUUCUGGUCGUAAGUCAUCCCGGAAAGGAAAAUACACGUUUUUCCAUUUUUGAAGUGCCGAAGAGCAGAGCAGCGACUACUCGUCAAACAGAUGUCGGUUUGUUAGAGGAUGAACAGACUUGGCUAUUUUUGUAAAAAAUACAGAAAUCACUUGUUGUACUUGCCAAAAAUUUUCCUGUCCUUAAGCUGUCUGAAAUGAGUGCAGUAAUUUUAGCACCUCUGGACGGUCUCCGUCUACACUGUCAGAAUGACAGCAAAAGCAGUCAGACUGUGCAUUUUCACUGGCAGUAUGUAGAGAAUACAUCAACUUUGUGGCCAUUUGUGGUUCCUCCCUCCCCAAAACAGUCUUGUUUCAGCCAGGAGCUUGUAUCGCUGUUCGGCAGCAGUAACUAGUUUCCUGUGUCUGUCCACUCAAAUUGCAUAACUGUGAAACGGAAUAUGUUAGGUCUGAAAUGACUAGCAUGCGAAUUUUCAAUUAAAUAGAGAAAUCAUAAUGUGUGAAGACAUUUGUGUUGCUUUGUGUCUCACGCUUCUCGCACCUCCUUACACACCCUCCUCAACCCCCACUGGCCUCUGCUUCCUAUUCCGUACUCAAUUCUAGAGUGGUGGGGACAGAUUGUGACAACAAAUUGUGACAACUCGAGCAUCUGUGUAAUGUCUCAUAAAUAGUAAUCGAUGUGUCCCGACCUCAUGGUUCUCGUAAGUGACUUUUGUCAUUUAAGGAAAGCUUGUUAAUAAGAAGACUGAAUAUUGAGUAUUUUAUUAUCUGUUUUCAUGUUUCAUAAUGACAUUUACAAAUAUAUUAACAUUCCAAAAAAGCGUUGUCCUUCUGUAUGUGCCCUAUGUUAUAUUUAUUAGUGUUGUAAUUUAUACUGUUUAUAAUUGCCUCUGUUGAUACUUUCUCUGAUAGGAUACAAUAGCUGAUAAAAAAAAUGAAUACAGUAUUGUGGAACGUGUUUGUGUCCACAUGUGAUGAGUCGGCACAGUGCGGGCAUACUUUGCCCUCACAUUUUUAAGGUUUUUAUGUGAAAAUUUCAUGCCAAAUGUCAUGUAUCACCUUUUACUAAUGUUCAUUAGUUUUUAUUCACUGUUGAAAAUGUUCCUUUGAAGAAAGAUAUAGUCUGUCCAGUUUACUUGAUAAGAGCAAUUCCCACAAAAGGCAAGUUUCUGCAUUUAGUACAUGCUCAGUGUGGAUGUUAUGUGAUGACCCAUACUGUGCAACAUUGUGAAAGAAUCAUUCCAGGUACAAUUAAUUAUUAAUCAUUGUACAGGUUGUCCAUGAUUAUCUUUACAGAUUUGGGAUUUUAUAACUUUAAAGAUAAAGGUAAUAACAAGUGGUUUUCAACAAGUGAUAGUUAAUUCAUAUAGAGUGAGUGAGUUAGUUAGUUAGUUGUUUUAGUUACGGUAUCCCACGUUAAAAACCAGUUAUUAUCUGGGUUAAUUUUAGGUUUAUUAAAUCCUAAAAUUGCAAAGAAAAAUUAAAGGACACCUUGUACUUGCUCAGUUGUGUAAUUUCAUCUACAACAAAACUCAUUUUGACAUUUUACAAUUUUUAACCUUUGUAGCCGAAUUGUUAUUUUCCCUAUAUAGAGUAUCUCGACAGUUCGCACUGCUGCCUCCGACAGUUGUCGGCUACAGAAUUUGUCGCUCGCUCUGUGGGCUCUGACAGAACGGUGAAUGGAACGCACUUCAUGCUGCCCUGGUAGUCCUUUUUUGUGACAGUUGCUAGGCUGGUGCUAAUGAUGUUCCAUUCACAUUUUUGUAGGUGUCCAUAAAUAAUCAAGCAAUAAAAACUUCUGAUGAACCAUAAA